AUGUCUCUACAUCUUGUUCCACCGUUUCAAAGUGUAUACACAACACUGCAACAAAAUAUACUCAAUCAAUUAUUAACUACUGAUUUAAACUCAUUAACAACAAAUGAUGGUGCACUUACAGCUUUCGCAUCGAGUCUUUAUUGUGCAGUAGAAAAGUUACUGAAAAAUCUUGAUACUUCUGUAACUGCCAGUAACAAUAUUCGAAUUAAAGUCGACCAAAAACUAGCCUCUAUUAUGAACGAUAUUGCAGCCAAGGAAAGUGAAAUAUCCCGUACUAAUGGUCAAAUUCAAGAUGUGAAUGGAAGAAUUCAAGCGAAACAAUCUCAAAUAAGUGCAGCUGAGCAAUCUGUAAGACGAGUUGAAGCUUCAGUAGCAGAUGCUGAAAAUGCGUUACAUCGUGCUGAAAAAGAAGUUGAAGAUGCUCAAUUAUGUGCUGGAUUAUUUGGAAGAAGAAAACGAUUUCUAGGCAACGUAUGGAAUUCAAUUCAAAAUUCAGUUUUAAAACCAAUAGAAUCGGCAGUUAAUACAGCAGGCAACGCAAUAGGAUCAGCACUUAAUACAGCAGGUGGUGCAAUAGAAUCAGCAGUCAAUACAGCAGCUGGUGCAAUAGUUGAUAAUAUAGUAAAACCUGUUUGUAGUGUUGUUAAUUUUCAACAAGUUGAUAAUGCAAGAAGAAAUGUUGAAAAUAAAAAAAAUGAAUUGUCCUCCUUUAGAAAUCAAGUUCAGACAUUUAAGAGAGAUUUAAAUUCAAUUCAAAAUGAUUUAACCAUAUAUAAUACACAAUUAUAUAAUUUAAAUUCCCAAUUAAAUCACUUAACAAAUUCAUUAAUGGCAUUACCAAAUGAACAACAUAUAAUAUUAUCAAUCAAUCAAAAAUUAACAAAUACUGUUGGUCAUUUACGGACAUCACUUAGUAAAUCAACAUCAUUUGCAGAUGCAAUGACAAUAGUGGUUGAUUUUGAAUCAAUUGUUAAACCAUUAAAUGCUAUUUAUGAUGAAUUACAACAAAAUCAAUUUAUGACAUCAUUUAAUGUUGGCAAAAUAUCUAUGGAGCAAAUAAAUCAAGCCAAAAUAGGUUUACAAACAUUGAUUGCCUUAAUAUCAAGUACGCCAUCCAAUAUUGGAGGCACACGUUGCUCAAAUUAA